ACACUCUCCACAACCACUUUAACAUCCCCCAUUACUCACUUUUCCUCCAUCAACUCUUCCAACAUGGUUCUGCUAGAGAAGCUCUGGGAUGAUGUUGUCGCCGGCCCUCAACCCGACCGUGGCCUUGGCAAGCUCAGAAAACUCACCACCCUCAAAACUGAUGAAGGAGAAAGUAGCAAGUUGCAGAAGAGCUUGUCCAUGCCGACAUCUCCGACAACCCCUUUGACUCCGUCCACACCUACGACACCGGGAUCGGGGCGUAAAUCUGACAACGUUUGGAGGAGCGUGUUCCAUCCUGGGAGCAACUCUGCCACCAAGACCAUCGGUGCUCAGAUGUUUGACAAACCUCUUCCCAACACUCCCACUGUCUACGAUUGGCUGUACAGUGGAGAGACCAGGAGCAGGCACCGCUGAGGCGUGUAGGAGGCGCGUGGGUUGCAUGUAAAUAUUGUCGUUUUUCGUGGAUCGCAUGCCACGUUUGCAGCUACUAUCAUUAUGUGUCGAGAAUUUAUUGGUCUGUUACUAACUAAAAUGUUACCGGUGUGUUUGGUUUUCGUGAGCAAGUUAAUGUAAAAUGCUAAAUAACUAGCAUGUUUUGUUUUGUUUUGUUUGUUCUUUAAGUUUUGUUAAUUAGCCACAUAUGCCUUGAACUUUGGCAUCUGGUUAAUCUCUUUACCCCUUCUGUUAAGUAUUAAUAUUAAAUAAAUUAAAUUGUGUUAAAA